CGCCGCCGCGCUCAGUGCGUGUCCUGCCGCGGCCGCAGCAGCUGCGCCGCGGGCAUCGGGGCGGCCGCGCCAUGUCGCGGCUGGGCGCGCAGGACGAGAACCUGCAGGGUUCCUGGGUGGAACUCCACUUCAACAGUAACGGGAACGGCGGUGGCAGCAGCGUGUCUUCCACGAGCCAGGAGCAAGUACCAGCCUCCCUUUCCAUUCACAAUGGUGACAUGGAGAAAAUCCUCUUGGAUGCUCAACAUGAAUCUGGAAGAAGCAGUUCAAGGGAAAGUUCACAUUGUGACAGCCCUCCUCGUUCCCAGACUCCUCAGGACAGCCACAGAGCUUUGGAAGUAGAGAGUCACAGCAGUGGAGAAAAGAACAGCUUUCAGUCUGAAGAGGACUUUCUGGAGCGGAGGAGAGAAGUGGAAAGGCUCCUGAAGAAGAACGCGGACUGGAUCUGGGACUGGUCCAGCCGGCCAGAGAACAUCCCGCCCAAGGAGUUCCUGUUCAAGCACCCCAGGCGCACAGCUACUCUCAGCAUGAGAAACACCAGUGUCAUGAAGAAGGGGGGGAUAUUCUCAGCAGAAUUCCUGAAGGUGUUCCUUCCAUCUCUGCUGCUUUCUCACUUGCUUGCCAUUGGACUGGGGGUGUACAUUGGGAGACGCCUGACCACCACAGCCCCCAGCGGCACCUUCUGAGGCGCUGCAGGUGUCGGCAGGGCCCGCCCAGCACACCGUCCCUCCGGCACACCCCGUCCCUCCGCGGCGGCACCAGCCCCACAGCUGACGUGUGGCUCCCUUCGUAGAGCACGUUCCGGGUGCAUUCACAUCUGUUCUGUCGCUUUGUAGUCAAGUAGCUUUUAAAAUGAAAGCAGAACUGUUUUGUUUGAAGCAGCCCAGGCUUUCAGGUUGCUGUGUGAUUCAUCUUGGGCUGCUGCCGAGCUGCUGCUUUGUGCUUCAUAGGUGUGAGUGUUGGUCACUGCUGCCCUCAUCGCCACCACAGGGAUGAGCACAAAGCAAUGGGUGGCCUCAUCAACCCUGUGGGAAUCCAGAGGAGCUUUCCCCUCUCCUGAGGCACUUUCCUCCUCCUGUGGGUUUUGCUUGGCUCCUUCCCUUCUGUGUGAGGCACUGAGAGAUGCUGGGGGAGGGGAGCACAGGAGGGAACCCUGGUCAGUGUUUUCUGGUUCAGAGUGAGAUGCACAACAGCCUGGAUUAAAAGGUGGACUUUAGUGCCUAAUAAAGAUCUUCACUUGGAAAGACACAUACUGAACUCCCCAAUGAUUACAAGUUCAUUCUGUUCUAUCUGUUUGCAGGCUCUUGCUUCUGUCUUUUUACCUGUAAAGUAAUACAUUUGCAUCUCAACAUCGGCUUCCUCCUGUAGAUCCAAACAAGGGUUGCUUGCUUGCUUGUUUUUACUAAUGGAAUGCCUUUCUUUCAGUGAUUUUACCUUAUUUAAUGACAGAAAAUGGAUGUUUGCCAAAAUACCAUGUUUUAUAUAUUUAAAUAAAAAGGUUCCGCGUGGA